ACUUCGGCCUCGCGACUCGCAUUUUCUCCUUGGGGAUUUCGUUUUCCUCUCUCCUCUCCCCCUUGGCCACCCCUUUUGCACUGCACUCUCGUGGUCUCUCUCAGCCCUUUCACCUGGAACUGAAUCCAGGUGGGAAACAGGUCGGCGUGAGGAAAGACACCGAAUAGGUAGAAAUAAGGCAAACUAACAGAGGCGCAACAGGUCCGGUGCUCUGCGGCGAGGGCGAGCGGCGGCCCCUCGCAGCGCCUUGGCCGCUGUCUCUUGGACCCCGCGCGGCCGCUUUCCUCAGAGGAGGUCCACGUCCUUUGAGGGGCCAGGAGGGACACCCGGGUGGGUUUCAUUCCGGAUUUUAGCUUAUUGCCACCAGUCCCCGGACAGAGGGUGCUUUUCACUCGCAGCUGGGAGGGGAGAAGAAAGCGGAGGAUGGUCCACGUCUGCGGGUCUCGGCGCUGAUCCAUCGCCGCGCCCCGGCUCCGACUCCGCCAACUAGUUGUGCAGCCACCGGGACUGAACUUUGGAGGAAACGUCCUUUUUCUUUCUUUUACGAUUAUUGGAGGUGGUAGAGGGUGGGAGGCGAAGCCGAGACAGCCGAACCCGCCACGAUGCUGGUGAAGAAGCAAGCAGGGAAAGGAGGGGGGCGGGAGCCGGGCUCCGAGGACCGGAGCCCAGCCGGGCAGCGUUGUGUCCGGACCGUGUCCCCAUGCGCCGCCCUGGCCGCCCUCCUGUCAGUAGUGGCCAUGAUAUCUUGUCUGUACCUGGGGGUGAAAACCAACGACCUCCAGGCGAGGAUCGCCGCCCUCGAAUCCGCCAAAGGAGACCCUUCCAUCCGUCUGCUGCCUGAUUGUCUGGAUCAGCUCAAAGCAAUGGUGCAAGAGAAAGUGGAGCGACUUCUGGCUCAGAAAUCCUAUGAACAUAUGGCUAAAAUAAGAAUCGCAAGAGAAGCACCUUCAGAGUGCAACUGCCCAGCAGGCCCUCCGGGGAAACGAGGUAAAAGGGGCCGAAGAGGAGAAUCUGGUCCUCCUGGUCAGCCUGGUCCUGAGGGCCCUCCUGGUCCAAAAGGUGAUAAGGGAGAACAGGGUGAUCAGGGACCUCGGAUGGUGUUUCCUAAAAUCAAUCAUGGGUUUCUCUCUGCUGAUCAGCAGCUCAUUAAACGCCGCCUGGUUAAGGGUGACCAAGGACAGGCUGGGCCUCCAGGCCCUCCAGGACCUCCAGGCCCACGAGGGCCUCCUGGGGACACAGGGAAAGAUGGCCCCCGCGGAAUGCCAGGAGUGCCUGGUGAACCAGGGAAACCGGGAGAACAAGGCUUGAUGGGUCCUCUGGGGUCUCCAGGACAAAAGGGUUCUGUUGGAGCACCUGGAAUUCCAGGGAUGAAUGGGCAAAAGGGUGAACCCGGGUUGCCUGGAGCAGUAGGACAGAAUGGAAUACCAGGGCCAAAGGGACAACCUGGAGAACGAGGAGAAAAGGGAGAUGCUGGAGAGAAUGGCCCCAAAGGUGAUACAGGUGAAAAGGGUGACCCUGGAUCGUCCGCUGCAGGAAUUAAGGGAGAGCCCGGAGAAUCUGGUCGUCCAGGGCAAAAGGGUGAACCAGGGCUUCCUGGGCUUCCUGGACUUCCGGGGAUAAAGGGAGAACCAGGUUUCAUUGGUCCUCAAGGAGAACCAGGCUUACCAGGGUUACCAGGAACAAAGGGCGACCGUGGGGAGGCAGGGCAUCCUGGAAGAGGGGAUCGAGGGGAGCCUGGAGCCCCUGGACCAAAGGGGAAACAAGGUGAAUCAGGAACUAGAGGCCCAAAGGGGUCUAAGGGUGACCGUGGAGACAAAGGGGACUCUGGAGCCCUGGGACCAAGGGGUCCACCUGGUCAAAAGGGAGAUCAAGGAGCCACCGAGAUCAUAGACUACAACGGCAACCUCCACGAAGCCUUGCAGAGGAUUACCACCUUAACAGUCACGGGUCCCCCUGGACCACCUGGACCUCAAGGACUACAAGGGCCAAAGGGAGAGCCAGGAUCUCCAGGAGUCCCAGGAGUUGAUGGAGAGCAGGGACUCAAAGGUUCAAAGGGAGACAUGGGGGACCCAGGCAUGCCAGGUGAAAAAGGAGGAAUUGGACUUCCUGGAUUACCGGGUGCCAAUGGAAUGAAAGGAGAAAAAGGAGACUCGGGAUUGCCAGGUCCUCAGGGUCCUUCCAUCAUAGGCCCACCAGGCCCACCAGGUCCCCAUGGCCCACCAGGCCCCAUGGGACCCCAUGGACUUCCUGGACCAAAGGGUACAGAUGGCCCUAUGGGACCCCAUGGCCCUGCAGGUCCCAAAGGAGAAAGAGGUGAAAAAGGAGCUAUGGGAGAGCCGGGACCCCGAGGACCGUAUGGUCUUCCCGGGAAAGAUGGAGAGCCUGGUCUUGAUGGUUUCCCUGGUCCACGAGGCGAGAAGGGUGAUCUAGGAGAAAAGGGGGAAAAGGGGCCAGAUGGAUUACCCAUGCCCGGCUGUUGGCAAAAGUGAUGAAUCUAACCUUCCGAGCAUGAAGUUGUGUAUAUAAUGGUCCACUUUU